AUGGCUGAGUUCAACGACGUCACAUUUAAGCAGAUGAAAUGCCUCGUGUGGAUAUGUGGACAUGUCGCCCCGCUGGAUGCCGAUGUUUCGGCUCGUGCCCUUCGCAAGAUGGAGGACAAACAUGAAACCGCACUAAGGAAGCUUGCCAUUGAAGUUCAGCACUGUCCAGACAUUCGUCAGAAUGCCGCACUCCUCGAAUGA